CUUACUCCAUCUCCUGACAGCAGAGAGCGAGCAUCUUCGUUCUUGCAAGCGGAGUCCAACAACAUCUCAACAACACUUCAAACGAUAUGAUGCCCGGCGUAGGCUUGUACUUACCCGAGACCUUGCAUCGCAAAGAUGUAGCUACCUUGGAUAAGUCUAGGACCGGAGAGAGGAUGCCAGAAUACACUCAUCGCGCGGGACAGAGGGCAAGCCAAGACACUACCAGCACAUCGCUCAGUGAACGAUCUGUUGACCAGAAAAGCGACGCCUCGAAUAUCACGAGCCGUGUUUGCAAUCCGACUACGACGGCCUUUGAGUAUGCUGAUUUUGUCUUCUCGUUGAACAAACGUUCAGCUGAAGCAGAAAAAUUCGCAAGCCUAAUCUGGCGCACCAGACAAGACCUUGCUGAGGCAUCCCGGCUGUACUUGUCAUCGAUCGUCACGAAUUUCCUCGAUACAUGGCCUAACAGAAAAUCGUGGAUCGAUAAAGCUCUUUCGGAUGUUCGCGCAUCCUUGGUCGAUAUUGGAUACGAUAUCGAGUCUGUACGCAGCAUCCGGGACAGCGAUGAGACGUUGCGCAUGAAGCGCAAGUUCGAGUACAUACUCAGCCAUCACAAGCGACUCGCUCCUAAACAACAGACCUUAGGAAACUGCUAUCAGAUAUUGUUGGGGGCGAUCCAAGUCAUGCAGACCGUGGAGCAAUGUAUUGGAAUCGGAGGACCUGUUAGGCCGUGGCUUCGAUCGCAAAGCGACAUUGUCUUCAGUUCACAUUCGCAAUAUCCAGGUUCAAUCAAUACGUCACAUUUGAGCCUUGGAGCCUCUAGUCUCGACGCAAGGUAUCCCCGGGCUCCGUUGGCUGAGUUGCCAGGCAGUACGCCAGAUGAUCUUGCCAUUCCAAACGUAAGGCCUGCCACCAGAUCUCAAUACCUGGCGUCUAUGUCCUCGCUCCCAGAGUCUACUAACGGCUUGACCAAUGAUCUUGCUGUAGUCAACAAAUUGCAAGACUUGGCCACCAAUUUUUCAAAUGAGGCUUCUAAUAGGAAAGAUACCGUCGCGUAUCACGCAGAAAGGAGACUUGAAGACUCGUUCAACGCUUCUUCAACCUUGAACACCGUUGUUGAUAGGAUAAUGGAACGCACUCAGUCAAUUGCCUCGACAACAACGUCUAUCAAAAUGCCAUAUUUAGCUAGACGUUAUCGUCCACGCCCAGUCCAUGUACCCAGAAUACACUCAAGGCAACACUCGCUACCUUCAGAGCUACCUCCGCAUCAGAGUCAGUCGUCACUUGUAGACGAUCUGAGGGAAUGGAUUGUACACACUGCCGCAAGUGAUCAAUUUACAGGGGCCAAUCUACUGCGUUCACCCACAGUGUCUUCGGCAACCGGCUCAAUAGCGUCGCGGAAGGAGAUGAUGAAGAUGCUGGCAAGCGAUCCAGAUACUGCACGAACCACUGAAGAAUCCUUUUCAGCUACUUCUGAUGGUGCUGUAACACCUUCACCUCCAACGUCGAAAGAGAACGGCUAUGCUUCGCUCUUCGACAGCAAGGCAUCUCAAGAGAUAUCCGUACCAGGCUCAAGUAUCUCUGAUUCAUCCAGAGCCGCGUCGAGUGACACAGCAUCUCUUAUAUCACCAGCGGACUUUCCAGUGCCGCCAUCAGAACCGAGCAGUCCAUCUCUCAGCAUCAGAACCUCUCAUCAGAACCAUUCCACAACAUCGCCACGUCCCAGCUCUGAAACUUCGCAGAAGCCUUUCUCUCCAGCAACGACAGCCAGCACGUCGCACGAGUCGCCCUCCACAACUCCAUCCACAGCCCCGCUCAAUCAAUACCACUCGCACCCGCGUGCCAGUCACACCGUGAUACGCCAACCCGCGACACCUAAACAACCAAACAACCCCCUCUUAGACAAACCACCAAGUCACCCCCAACAGCCCCAGCUCCCACCGUGCACCCAGAUCCCCCCGCACAAUAUCGAGCAGCCCCAAACAAUCACAUCUGUACCUCCUCCACAUUGUUCUCCAACCCAACCCGCCCAGCACACCUCGCUGCCGGAAGCAUCGCCACGGUCUCAAACUCUGGCUCUGGCUCGUGUGGCACACGCAGUGGCAGAGGGAACUCAGCAGUCGCCCUCUAGCACACCACCGCGCUCGCAGGAAGAUGAUGAUACUCCACCCAUGCUACCGCCGCGCCCGCAGAAAAGCAUUGCCACGACCCCUGUACCUGUGGUCCCUGUGCCACAUGUUACGACGGGUGAGGACCAGCAGGUGCGGAGGACUGCGGAAGAGAGGCGGAGGCUGGCGCAUGCGAGGAGGAUGAGGAUCGCGCUUGGGGCGUGAGUGCGGGGAAGGGCUUGGGAGGGCAGGAGGGAUGCAAGGUUGGAGUGGCUUUGGCUGCGGAGAAGGAGGGGGAGAAGGUGGU